AGCUCCCACAACAGUGGUUCUCCAUCCUCACAGUGCUUUAGAAAAACACUCAAGUCCAAUGUCCCAUCUCUGAGAUUCCAAUUCAGCUAGUCUGGGGCAGCAGUUCCCAAACUAGCGGGCUCAAGAAUCUCCUGAAGAGCUUGUUGAAAUACAGAUUCCCAUCCCCAGAGAUUCUGAUCCAGUAUGUGUGCGAUGCGCCCCAGCAUCUGCGUUUCCAACAAGCUCCCAGGUGACGCUGAUGUUGUGCUCCAGCACUGGUCGGGUCGGGGCCAUGCAAGAGAGCCGGGCUCCGCCUUCCUACAGUUAGGCGUGUCCCUGGAGCAGCAGCUGCAGGUGCUGUUCAAGGUGCUGGAGGAGUACGACUGGAGCGCGUUCGCCGUGAUCACCAGCUUGCACCCGGGCCACGCCCUCUUCCUCGAGGGCGUGCGCGCUGUCGCCGACGCCAGCUACCUGGGCUGGCGGCUGCUGGACGUGCUCACGCUGGAGCUGGGUCCCGGAGGAACGCGCGCGCGCGUCCAGCGCCUGCUGCGCCAGAUCGACGCCCCGGUGCUGGUGGCGUACUGCUCACGCGAGGAAGCCGAGGUGCUCUUCGCUGAGGCGGCGCAGGCCGGCCUGGUGGGACCUGGGCACGUGUGGCUGGUGCCCAACCUGGCACUGGGCAGCACUGACGCGCCCCCCGCCGUCUUCCCUGUGGGCCUCAUCAGUGUUGUCACCGAGAGCUGGCGCCUUAGCCUGCGCCAGAAAGUUCGCGACGGCGUUGCCAUCCUGGCUCUGGGUGCCCACGGCUACCAGCGCCAGUAUGGCGCCCUGCCUGCCCCGGCUGGGGACUGCCUCAGCCAGCCUGGGCCCGUCAGCCCUGCCCGGGAGGCCUUCUACAGCUGUCCCCUCUUGUGCCCACAGCUGAGCAGAGAGUCCCUUCUUUCCUUUACCCAAUCCCUCAUCCUUCAGGUCUCAGCUGAAACAUCUCCAUUGGGAAGCCUUCCAGGUCCCCCAGGUUGGGUGGGGCGCUGGGACCAUGGCAUCCUCCACAUGAAGUACCCAGUGUGGCCUCGCUACAGUGCCUCCCUGCAGCCCGUGGUGGACAGCCGGCACCUGACAGUGGCCACGCUGGAAGAGCGGCCCUUUGUCAUUGUGGAAAGCCCCGACCCUGGCACAGGCGGCUGCGUGCCCAACACUGUGCCCUGCCGCAGGCAGAGCAACCACACCUUCAGCAGCGGUGACACAGCCCCCUAUACCAAGCUCUGCUGUAAGGGCUUCUGCAUUGACAUCCUCAAGAAGCUGGCCAAGGUGGUCAAGUUUUCCUAUGACCUGUACCUGGUGACCAACGGCAAGCACGGCAAGAGGGUGCGCGGCGUGUGGAACGGCAUGAUCGGGGAGGUGUACUACAAGCGGGCAGACAUGGCCAUCGGCUCCCUCACUAUCAACGAGGAGCGCUCCGAGAUCGUGGACUUCUCCGUGCCCUUCGUGGAGACGGGCAUCAGUGUGAUGGUGGCUCGCAGCAAUGGCACCGUGUCCCCCUCAGCUUUUCUGGGUGCGGCUCGGGUGGGCAGGGGUGGCUCUGGGGCAGAGGGACCCACGACAUGGAUGAGUGGGGACAGGAGCUGUGGAGUUGGGUGGGCUGAGAUCGGAGCCCCUCGAUUCUGGGCAAGGGGAGCCCCAGUGUCUACUCUCUCGCCCUCAGAGUCUGGGGGCCCGUCCUUCACCAUCGGCAAGUCUGUGUGGCUGCUGUGGGCACUGGUCUUCAACAACUCGGUGCCCAUCGAGAACCCCCGGGGCACCACCAGCAAGAUCAUGGUCCUGGUCUGGGCCUUUUUCGCCGUCAUCUUCCUUGCCAGCUACACUGCCAAUCUGGCUGCCUUCAUGAUCCAAGAGCAGUACAUCGACACUGUGUCUGGCCUCAGUGACAGAAAGUUUCAGCGGCCUCAAGAUCAAUACCCACCCUUCCGCUUCGGCACAGUGCCCAAUGGCAGCACAGAGCGGAACAUCCGCAGCAACUACCGUGACAUGCACAGCCACAUGGUCAAGUUCAACCAGCGCUCGGUGGAGGACGCACUCACCAGCCUCAAGAUGGGGAAGCUGGACGCCUUCAUCUAUGAUGCCGCUGUUCUCAACUACAUGGCGGGCAAAGACGAAGGCUGCAAGCUGGUCACCAUUGGCUCUGGCAAGGUCUUUGCCACUACCGGCUACGGCAUCGCCAUGCAGAAGGACUCCCACUGGAAGCGGGCCAUAGACCUGGCGCUCCUGCAGUUCCUGGGGGACGGGGCGACACAGAAGCUGGAGACGGUGUGGCUCUCCGGGAUCUGCCAGAACGAGAAGAACGAGGUGAUGAGCAGCAAGCUGGACAUCGACAACAUGGCCGGCGUGUUCUACAUGCUGCUCGUGGCCAUGGGGCUGGCCCUGCUGGUCUUCGCCUGGGAGCACCUGGUCUACUGGAAGCUGCGUCACUCGGUGCCCAACACGUCCCGGCUGGACUUCCUGCUGGCCUUCAGCAGGGGCAUCUACAGCUGCUUCAGCGGGGUGCAGAGCCUGGCCAGCCCGGCGCGGCCACCCAGCCCGGACCUCACGGCCAGCUCGGCCCAAGCCAGCGUGCUCAAGAUGCUGCAGGCGGCGCGCGACAUGGUGACGACGGCGGGAGUGAGCAGCUCUCUGGACCGCGCCACGCGCACCAUUGAGAACUGGGGCAGCCGCCGCGCGCCCCCGCCUCCCGCCUGCCCCGGCCCUCGGCCGCCUACCCCUGGCCCGCCCCCCAACCGGAGCCCCAAGGGUUGGGGUCCACCAGGCGGGGGACGCACCGCACUGGGGCGCAGGGCCUCGCAUCCGCCGGGACGCCCCGGGACACCAGGGCCGCCCCUGACGGAUGUUUCCCGGGUGUCGGGCCGGCGGGCCUGGGAGGCGAAGUGGCCCUUGCGGACCGGUCGUGGAGGGCGGCACCUCUUGGCCUCUGAGCUGUGCGCGCUCCCGGAGCGCCCCCUGUCGCCCAAGCGCUGCCACUAUAGCUCCUUCCCUCGAGCCGACCGAUUGGGGCGCCCCUUCCUCCCGCUCUUCCCAGAGCCCCCGGAGCCCGAGGACCUGCCCCUGCUUGGGCCAGAGCAGCUGGCUCGGAGGGAGGCCCUGCUGCACGCUGCUUGGGCCCGGGGCCCGCGCGCGCGCCAUACUUCCCUGCCCAGCUCGGUGGCCGAGGCCUUCGGCCGGCCCAGUUCACUGUCCGCAGGGUGUGUCCACCUGUCGUGUGGGACCUUGGCGCAGGCUCAGUCGAUGCGGCUGCCAACUUACCGGGAGGCCUGUCAAGAAGGCGUGUGGGCAGGGGUCUCCGCCUGGCCACACAGACAGCAUUCCUGCCUCCAUGCCCAUGCCCACCUGCCCCUUUGCUGGAGGGCUGUUUGCCCUCAUCUCCCACCCUGUGCCAGCCACAGCCCCUGGCUCACUGGGGCCCGGGGGCCUCCAGGGCACAGGGGCAGGACUCUGGAGCUGAGCACAGGCUACAGGGACAAUGGGGGGCUGGAAGAGGUCAGAAGGGUGGCUUGUGGGACGCACAGCUUCCUGGGACCUUGCACUUGGAGGCGGAUCAACAGCUUGGAGUCAGAAGUGUGAGGUGUCGGCUACUCUGGUUCCUGGUCAGCUGGAUUCUCCACCAGGCACUGCCAGGGUUAGGGGGCAGGCAGGCUUGGACUUUUCUGACUUCUGUCAUGAACUCCUGGCUGUGGGGCCUAUGACAAUGUCUUCCAUGGUCAGUUCAGUAACCUCAGCAGCCUCAGGUCCUGGUGUGGGCUCGGUUCUUGCUGUCCUCUUAUCAUGCAAAGCCCUUCCCACUGGACCUGGAGUCACAGGGAUCGGUGGGGUCCCCUGCCCGGCUGUUAGCCAGUUCCUGGUCAUGGCUGCUGGGGUCUUGGUGUGGGAACACAGAGGCUGUAACUCAGGGUUGGGGCAGGACUGUUCCACUCCUCGAUCUACUGGCUGGAGUUUCUUCUCAGAGUGCUGCCAUAUUAAACAAACCUUUUACAACC